CCCUUGUUCUCCUGGCGCAAGCUCUUGGCCUUUUCCGGGCCAGGCCUGCUCAUGUCCAUCGCCAUGGUUGAUCCAGGAAACAUUGAGAGCUCGCUUCAGGCUGGUGCUGUCUCGGGCUACCAGCUUCUAUGGGUUCUGUGGUGGACCACCAUCAUCGCCCUGCUUUUUCAGGUCUUGUCCACCCGCAUCAGCCUCGUUAAUGGGCGUCAUUUGGCCCAAGUCUGUCGCGUCAUGUAUGCGCCGGGUACCAAGUAUGCCCUCUGGGUCAUGAUGGAAAUUGCCAUCAUUGCCAGUGAUGUUCAGGAGGUGAUUGGCAGUGCAAUUGCCAUCAAUUUCCUCUCCAACAACCAGAUUCCCCUGUGGGCUGGCGCCCUCAUCACUGCUGUGGAUACAUUCACCUUUCUGUUGCUUGAGCAAGCGGGUCUACGCAAGCUUGAAGCCCUUUUUGCCGUGCUCAUUGCCACAAUGUCAAUCAGCUUUGGCUACAUGUAUGUUGCAGGUCAUCCCGACAACUCUGCAGCCAUCGAGGGUAUCAUUGCGUUCGACUGUGAUCGCAAAUCGGUCCUACCCGCCGUGGGCAUCGUUGGCGCCGUUAUUAUGCCGCAUAAUCUCUAUUUGCACAGCGCCUUGCUGGUAUCGCGCCGUGUCAAUCGCGCCAAAGCCGUCGAGAUUCGCGAGGCGAACAAAUACAGUGCUAUCGACUCAACCAUUUCUCUUUUGCUAUCCUAUGUGAUCAACGUCUUCAUUGUGGGCGCCUUUGCCGAGGCCUUUUAUAACAACCCCGACUUUGACUCGGACAACAUUGACCUCAUCUCCUCUGGCGAGUACCUGACCCAAAAGUAUGGCAGCGCCAUGAAAUACAUUUGGGCCAUUGGGCUCUUGGCUGCUGGCCAAAGCUCCACUAUGACAGGCACCUAUGCUGGCCAGUUUGUCAUGGAGGGAUUUUUAUCUUUGAAGAUCAAGCCGUGGAAGCGCGUGGCCAUUACCCGCUCUUUUGCCAUGAUUCCCACCCUGCUGGUUGCCCUCUUUGCGUCUCACCGCAUCCUCAACGAUUUGAACGAGUGGAUGAACAUUUUGCAGAGCUUUCAGCUGCCAUUUGCUCUCGUGCCAGUCAUUCACUUUUCCAGCAUUCCUGGUAUCAUGGGCCGAUUCGCACUCUCACGCUUAUCGCAAGUCAUCUGUUGGCUG